AUGAAGUUUGUGAUCGUUUUAACCGCUGUUCUGGCUUUGGCCACAGCCGCCACUCUGCCGUCUCAAAAAUUGGACAGCCAAAACGAAUUGUUCGAAUCGAAUGAAAACAACAAUAACAACAACCGCGACAACGAAUACACCCCAGAAAGGGAAGAACGCGAUUCCAUCGCAAACUCCUUCGACGCCAUCGUGAACGUCAUAAGACAAUACAAAAAUGACGAGGCCAAACCCGACAACUCUAGAUCAAACGAAAUGUCCGUCCCAGACACCGUAAACAUCGGUUACAACGCCGACACGGUCUUGACCGACGUCCGCGUCAAGGGAUUAAAUAAUUUGAAAAGCCAAAACAUCACCAUGAAGUGGGGAACAGAUUUGAUCCAAGUCGUCAACUGCUGGGAAGAAUUCGCUGUUAACGGAGUGUUCCAUUACACAAACACCGUAGCCAAACAUAGUGGAAUAUUCCAUUUAGACAUUAUCGAACCUAUGUACAAGGGUGAAACUAUGCUCACAAAAAACUCGAACGUCUACCCGUUGAUGUCGACCGUCGGCUCCGUCAAGUUCGAAAAGUUCAUCGCCAACCACACCACGUUGCCGGAAGUGUUCCAAAACGAUAAACCUCAAUUUGAUUACUUCGUCAAACACACCAUUCCCCAAUACGUAGCCACCGCUAAAGUCAACGACAUGUACAACGACGUCGCUCUGGAAAUCAGACGGGCCGUCAAGCCUUACAUGGUGUUCAGGAGCAACAAAAUCGCAAGCGAAACCGCUUUACCGAUGGCCGGAAAUCUGGCCGACGGGUUCCGUUUCGAAAUGAAAAACCUCGAUUUCGACAACUCCAAGAACAACUUGGCCAAGGUUUCGUUCGUGCAGGUGAUCAAGACCAGAGACAGCUGCGUCGCCAAACUCGAACUCCGCCUGUUGGCCAUGAUCGGAGAAUUCGACCUAGUCGUGACUUCGCACAACGGCAAGAGCGACAACCGCAGGGCCACGUACACGACCGAAUCCGUCAAGGUGGUUUCCAACUUGGACUUUGUCGAGAACAGUGUCCGCACUGAGGUCCACGUCACCAGACCCCAGAUCCAGUUCACGUCCACCGACUCCGAUUCCUCUGUCAACUGGUCCGACGUCCAGAAACAGUUGGUCUCCCACUUCGAAGCGUACUUGAAACGCACCCUCGAGAAUGCCAUCAACCGUAGCGUUCAACAGUCAAUGAUGUAA